CCCAAGGGUAGAUAGAGAAACCCCGGCAGAGAAUUCGAACCGAUUUCGGGCUCUUCGACAAUGGGAGCGGUUGAUGCAGCCUCCUCGUGGUCUCGCGCCAUGUUGCAGAUCUCUCCAUACACCUUCUCCGCCGUCGGCAUCGCCGUCGCCAUCGGCGUCUCCGUCCUCGGCGCUGCUUGGGGGAUUUACAUUACAGGCAGUAGUUUGAUAGGUGCGGCAAUCAAAGCGCCACGAAUCACCUCCAAGAAUCUCAUCAGUGUGAUCUUCUGUGAAGCUGUUGCUAUCUAUGGAGUUAUUGUGGCAAUUAUUCUACAAACAAAGUUGGAGAGCGUUCCAUCGUCAAAAAUAUAUGCACCUGAAUCACUUAGAGCAGGUUAUGCUAUCUUUGCGUCUGGGAUUAUCGUGGGUUUUGCGAACCUUGUAUGCGGGUUAUGUGUAGGAAUUAUUGGAAGCAGCUGUGCAUUAUCAGAUGCCCAGAACUCCUCACUUUUUGUGAAGAUUCUUGUGAUUGAAAUAUUCGGUAGUGCACUCGGGUUGUUUGGAGUAAUAGUUGGAAUAAUCAUGUCAGCCCAGGCAACAUGGCCUUCCAAAAUGACCUAGUCUUCUGCGAUUAAUUUAUCGUCUGGCAUUUCUUCUAGAGAUGGCAGCGACAAAUGAAAUGCAACCGAGAUGAUAUAUCCAUCUUAUUGUUAAUUGAUCAGAUCACGACAAGGCGCGUUAAGUUUUGGUGUAAAAUUGUUCUGUUCCAAUAUCAAGUUGCCUUUGUUCUAAUGGAAAUAUGAAGACACACGAAGAGGGGAGUUUUAGUAAAGGCUGUGGGAGUCGGAGGAGAGAUUUUAUGUGAUGUAAUAAUUUGAAAUUAGAGUUUUUCCCUAUGUCUGAAAUGAUAUGUAUUUAAAUUUA